AUGGAAAAACAAAGUCCUUUGUCCACUAUUUUCGUGGCUUCCAUAGCCCCUCUUGUUAUUGUGCUUUUACUUUCAUUUCAUUCAUCAUGUGCCUCCCCAACAACAGACUCAGUAUAUGGAACUUUUGUUGAUUGUCUAAGAAACAACAUUAACUCUCCCAACAUCUCUAACAUAGUCUUUGCUCAAACCAACGCUUCCUAUGCUUCCAUUCUCAGUGCGUACAUUCACAACGCCCGGUUCAACACCAGCUCUUCACCAAAACCCUUAAUCAUAGUCACACCACUGCAAGAAUCUCACGUCCAAACAGCUGUAAUUUGUGCCAAAAGCAUUGACAUUCAACUCAAAACUAGAAGCGGUGGCCAUGACUUCGAGGGCUUAUCGUACACUUCUGAUGAACCCUUCAUCAUGCUUGACAUGUUCAACCUCCGCAACAUCACAGUGGACGUGCAAAACGAGGUUUCUGUAGUCCAAGUUGGUGCCACACUCGGAGAAGUUUAUUAUAGGAUAUGGGAGGAGAGUAAUGUUCAUGGUUUUCCCGCAGGGGUGUGUCCCACUGUUGGUGUCGGUGGUCAUUUUAGUGGAGGAGGGUAUGGUAACAUGAUGAGAAAAUAUGGGUUAUCUAUUGAUCACAUCAUUGAUGCUCAAAUUGUUGAUGUCAAGGGUAGGAUUCUAAACAAGGAAUCUAUGGGGGAAGAACUUUUUUGGGCUAUUAGAGGAGGUGGAGGAGCGAGUUUUGGGGUCAUAUUAUCAUACACCAUUAAGUUGGUUCCUGUGCCAGAAGUUGUUACUGUUUUUAGGGUUGAUAAGACUUUGGAAGAAAAUGCCACUGACCUUGUUGUGCAAUGGCAACAGGUUGCACCACACACUGAUGAGAGGCUUUUCAUGAGGCUGCAGUUACAUCCUGUGAAAUCCAACGUUGGAGAGAGGAACAAAACCGUUAGGGCUGAGGUUACUAGUUUGUUUCUGGGAGGAGUGGAUGAGCUUGUGUCACUUUUAGAGAAUGAGUUUCCAACUUUGGGUCUAAAGAAGGAGAAAUGCAUUGAAAUGAGUUGGAUUGAAUCUGCACUUUUUUGGGCUGGUCUUCACCACCCUGAUGCUCUUCUUGGCAGAAAACUCAACUCGGCAAAAUUCCUCAAAAGAAAAUCAGAUUACGUGAAGAAUCCAAUUUCCAAAGAUGGGUUAGAAUGGAUUUGGAAAAAGAUGAUUGAGUUGGGACAAACAAGUCUUGUUUUCAACCCUUAUGGUGGAAGAAUGGAUGAGAUUUCAGCAAAUGCUACAGCAUUUCCUCACCGAGCAGGAAAUCUGUUCAAAAUUGAGUAUUCUGUGAAUUGGGAUGAACCGGGAGUCGCUGCAGAGAAGAACUUCACAACACAGAUAAGAAGGUUAUACAGUUACAUGACCCCAUUUGUUUCCAAAAAUCCAAGGAGUGCUUUUCUGAAUUAUAGGGACCUUGAUAUUGGUAUUAAUAAUCACCAAGGUAACAAUAGCUACCAAGAAGGGGAGGUUUACGGUAUUAAGUACUUCGAUAACAACUUCUAUAGGUUGGUGAAGAUUAAAACUGAGAUUGAUCCCGAAAACUAUUUCAGAAAUGUGCAGAGUAUCCCAACGCUAAAAUUGCGAUAUAGUUGAACCAGAUGGUGAAACGGAUUGAUGAAUUUGAAGGACAGUGAACCAGAUGGUGAAACUUAUGUACUCUUCAAUUCAUUGUGCAUGUGAUUAGAAUAAACAAGAGCGAAAAUUUCACUCUUUGAAAAACUCUUUGUAAUACAAUUUUUUUUAAUUAUUGGUUAAAAUUUAUUCAAAACAAUAAAAUUAUGAAAGA